AUGGCGGAGCUGGCUGCGCAACAGAAGUUAUUAAAAUGUCGAGCGUAUUUAGAAGGCAAUCCCAGCGAUGUGAAGUUGAUUUAUAUUUUUAACAAACUCUUGAGAUUUCCUGUUACUGUAGAAAUUUUGAGGGAUACUGGCAUUGGAAAAGUUGUUAAUUCCUUCCGUAAACGUGAGGGUGAGAUUGGCGAGAAAGCACGGGCAGUUGUCACACAGUGGAAAGCCAUAGUUUCUCUGCAGGAUGAUCCCCCAGUUGAAAAAACUGAGCCGGAUUCUACCACAACAUCUCAUCAUGAUUCAAAGCCUUCAAAAUCCAAAAACCUGUCUGAAAGUGACAAAAGAGAAAAAUCUCUGGCCAAUCAUACGGCUGUCAAUUCUCCACAUUCCAAAAACAUUUCAAAGUCUACUUCAGACAGGGAACACCAUGACAAAAUUUCACGAACAGAGAAAGAAUCUAGUUCUGUUAGCAGCAUGUCUAAAACUGAGAGUUCGCAUCACAAAGCCCACAGUAGUAGCAAAGGGAGACACAGCAAUUUAUCAGAGGACACGCCUACCAAACACAAUAAUAAAAGCUCAAGAGAGAAGAGUCAGUCAGAAGGCAAACAAAAGGACAAAAAAUCGUCGCAUACCUCAAAGGGAGAGAAAAAGUCUUCAAAGGUUGGGGCUGAUGGUUUAAGUUUUGAGGAUUUUAUGAACUAUGAUGAUUUGGAUGUGAGGAAAAAGUUUAAAAAGAGCAAAAAUAGUGUGACUUCGAAAAAGGAAAAAACUUCAAAGGAAGUACCCAAGGUCAAAACGGAGACUGCUGGGAGCAGUCGCUCUGUGUCAAUGGUGCCUGGAUCAAAGCGGAGUACUGUUGUUGCAUCGAGUGAUUCGAAAAUCUUGAAUGUACCUUCGCCGUCUAAAAAGUUAUGUCUUUCAGAGAAAGAUAUUUUAGGUUCAUUGCCAGAAACCCAGGCUCACUAUCAUCCGUGGCGUUUGCGUGAAGUAAAUAAAGACGACACAAAAUCUACAGAGAAAAAAGACGAUCUUGAUGCUGUUCUUGCUGGAAUUAAGUCACGCACACGAGAAAGUGUCUACUCUGGUAAAAGGACAGUGAUUACAGAAGUGCCCACAUUAUUUAAUGCUUGCAUCCAAGUUCUCAUUGACAACAUUGACAGUCUUGAAUAUGUUGGUGGUAUUCCUUUUGACAUUCUUCAGCCAGUAUUGGAACGAUGUACGGUAUCGCAGCUGUACACCUUAGAGGAUUAUAACCCAAUCUUUCUGCAUGGAAAUUACUUGAAGAUGGUAAUUCAUACAAUUUUUCUACAAUUGUCAAUCAAAUCAAAAAAGGGAGUCACUGAUCAAUGUUUUUUUUCUUUUCUCUCUUUUUCUUCUUUUCUCUCAUUUUUUUUCUUCUUUUCUCUCUUUUUUUUUUCUUCUUUUCUCUCUUUUUUUUCUUCUUCUUUUCUCUCUUUUUUUUCUUCUUCUUUUCUCUCUUUUUUUUUCUUCUUCUUUUCUCUCUUUUUUUUCUUCUUCUUUUCUUUUUUUUCUUCUUCUUUUCUCUUUUUUUCUUCUUCUUUUCUCUUUUUUUUUCUUCUUCUUUUCUCUUUUUUUUUCUUCUUCUUUUCUCUUUUUUUUCUUCUUUUCUCUUUUUUUUCUUCUUCUUUUCUCUUUUUUUUCUUCUUUUCUCUUUUUUUUCUUCUUUUCUUUUUUUUUUUCUUCUUUUCUCUUUUUUUCUUCUUUUCUCUUUUUUUCUUCUUUUUUCUCUUUUUUCUUUUCUCUCUUUUUUUUUCUUCUUUUCUCUUUUUUCUUCUUUUCUCUCUUUUUUUCUUUUCUCUUUUUUUUUUCUUCUUUUCUCUUUUUUUUUUCUUCUUUUCUCUUUUUUUCCUUUUCUCUUUUUUCUUCUUUUCUCUUUUUUUCUUCUUUUCUCUUUUUUUCUUCUUUUCUCUUUUUUCUUCUUUUCUCUUUUUUUCUUCUUCUUUUUCUCUUUUUUUUUCUUCUUUUUCUCUUUUUUUCUUCUUUUUCUCUUUUUUUUCUUCUUUUUCUCUUUUUUUUUUCUUCUUUUUCUCUUUUUUUUUCUUCUUCUUUUCUCUCUUUUUUUUCUUCUUCUUUUCUCUUGGAUGA